CAUAGGUGCAUGUUGGGAAAGAUAGAACUUAAAAAUAGAGGCAAAGUCAAGGAAGAAAAAAAGACAAUAUGGGAUUCCAACGUUUUAGUACGUGCUUUUUGUUGGCACUUUGUAUACUAAGCCAAAGUUUGGCAAAAGGUACCCUUGGCUUUGCUUGCAAUUGGGGAACGAUUACAUCGCAUCCUCUUCCAGCUCAAAUAAUGGUGAAGCUUAUGAGAGACAAUGGAAUCAACAAAGUGAAGUUGUUUGAAGCUGAUCCCAUGGCACUGAAGGCUCUUGGGAAUUCUGGCAUUCAGGUUAUGGUUGGCAUACCCAAUGACCUCUUGGAUUCACUUGCUACCAAUGUCAAUGCUGCUAUUGCAUGGGUGGACCAAAAUGUUUCCGCUUUCAUAUCUAAAAAUGGGGUUGAUAUAAGGUAUGUUGCUGUUGGUAAUGAAGCUUUUUUAAAAACAUACAAUGGACGAUUUGUGCAAUCAACAUUUCCAGCCAUAAAAAACAUUCAAGCAGCCCUUAUAAAAGCAGGUUUAGGAAGACAAGUAAAAGUAACAACUCCUUUAAAUGCUGAUGUCUACCAAAGUGACACUGGUCUUCCAUCAGGUGGACACUUUAGACCAGACAUUCAAAAUCAAAUGAUGUCAAUAAUCAAAUUUCUUAGCCAAAGUAAUGGCCCUCUUACAUUUAACAUCUACCCUUUUCUAAGCCUCGAUGCUGACCCUAAUUUCCCUAAAGAAUUUGCUUUCUUUGAUGGUUCUGCUGCCCCUGUAGUUGAUGGUUCCAUAACUUACACCAAUGUUUUUGAUGCAAAUUUUGAUACACUUAUUUCAGCUCUUGAAAAGAAUGGUUUUGGUUCAAUGAAUGUUAUCAUUGGUGAAGUUGGUUGGCCAACUGAUGGAACAUCAAAUGCUAAUAUAAAAAGUGCUCAAAGAUUUAAUCAAGGACUUGUUGAUAGAAUAGUGAAAAAGCAAGGAACACCUAAAAGACCUACCCCACCUGAAAUUUACAUGUUUGCCCUUUUAGAUGAGGAUUUAAAAAGUAUUGAUCCUGGCCCAUUUGAGAGACAUUGGGGAAUUUUCAAUUUUGAUGGAUCUAUGAAAUACCCUUUGAAUCUUGGUGGUGGAAAAUCACUUGUUGGUGCAAAAGGAGUUAAAUAUUUGGCAAAACAAUGGUGUGUUAUUUCAACUCAAGCAAAUGUAAUGGAUCCUAAUUUUGCACAAAGUAUGAGCAAAGCAUGUACUUAUGCUGAUUGUACAUCACUUGCUCCUGGCUCUUCUUGUAGUGGUUUAGACACAAAGGGUAAUGCUUCAUAUGCAUUUAAUAUGUAUUAUCAAAGAUUGGAUCAACGUAAAGAUGCAUGUCAAUUCAAUGGUUUAUCAGUUGUUACCAACAUUGAUCCUUCACCUUCUCAAGGUAGUUGUCAUUUUGAGAUCAUGAUUGAUAUUGGGAAGCAUGAAACUAAGUCCACUUCUUUUGCUGCACCAAAAAUUGGAUUAGCGUACAAGUUCAUGCUGGUAUCAAGCUUCAGUUUCACCUUAUCUCUAUUUAUAUAGUCUUGUUUGAUUUGUACAUAGUAUCACAUUCAUAACUCACACUAUUUUUUA